AUGGAAGGUUACCGCAGGUGCAAAAAUUAUGGCAAGGAGGGCCACUUUGGGAAAGAUUGUCCCACGCUUGCUAGGGCAAUGACACACCCUCCAUUUCAGACUCCCCACCAGCAUCAACGGAGAGACAGAGGCAACAGGCCGCAAGCGACAGGCAAAGUGUAUGCCAUGACCGGGGCGGAGGCUACAGGCUUAGGUAACCUGGUUAUGGGUUAUUGUUUGAUUGCUGGGAUGAGAUGUUGUGUAUUGUAUGAUUCUGGAGCGACACACUCCUUUGUGUUAGAUGCUUGUGUGAAAAAGUUGGGUCUACCGGUGUCUGAGCUGCAGUGUGAACUUGUGGUGUCUACUCCGACGUUAGGUUUGGUCAGGACGUCAUCCUUAUGUGCUAGGUGUCCGAUUGAGGUAGAGGUACGCAGGUACAAAGUGAACAUAAUCUGCAUGCCCCUAAAAGAGUUGGAGGUGAUCUUGGGGAUGUAUUGGCUCUCUACCAAUCGCAUUCUCAUAGAUUGCCGAGAAAAGAGAUUGAUAUUCCCCGACUCAGAGGAGCUUGAGUUGUUAUCGUCCCAAGGGGUUAUGAAAGCUACAAGAUAG